GUAGAUCUCGCGAGAGUGCUGCGAGGGAAGGGGACAGGGUGGCGCUGUGCGUACAAGUUUGGGGUCUGGUUGGGUCGGCGCGCCACUUGGGGAAAUCGCCGUAGCAGAGCGGGGCGGUCACGAGCUGCGGUGGGCGGAUCGGCCUGAACCGCUUUCUCCUGCAUCUGUGGCCCGACAGCGCUGAGUAGCUCCUAUGGCGGCCCCUGCGGCUGAGGAGAAGGCGGUGGCAGAAGCAGCAGCGGCAGCCCCGAGUGACCGCUCCCCGAAAGAGGAAGGGGAGCUGGAGGACGGAGAAAUCAGCGACGACGACAAUACUGAUGGGCCUGUGGAGCCCGGCAGCAGAGAGCAGAGCGCCGGAGGCACUGCGAAGGGCCCGUACGCCCGGCGUAGGCCGCCUCCCGACCUACGGAGCAGCCUCCUCCUCUCUUCGUCUCGCCGCUUCUCUCUCUCGCGCCACCAGCCUCCCCCUGAGCUCGGGCACCUCCAUGGCCACAGCGGAGGUGGAGGAUACCGACUCAAGGAGCCUUUCCGGCCGCACCCGCCGCCGCCGCCUCCCUCUUCGUCGUGCUCGCGGCUGCCGCCCGGACCGCACCCCGACCCCGGCGCCAGGCUCUCCUUCUGGGAGCGCAGUCACAACGCGCUGGACCGGUUUCGCUUCCGAGGCCGGGCCUACCGAGGCGGGGGCCGAUGGGGCAGGAGCCGCGGCGGCAACCCCCCAGGAAGGCCUCCAGGAGGAGUGGGUGGCGGCGGCGGAUACAGCGGCAACCAGGGCUGGAAGGAGCCUUCGCCACGGAAAUCCAAAAUGUUUGGAAAAUCCCCAUCCAGAAAACAGAACUAUUCAUCUAAAAGUGAUAAUUCAACUGAAGAGAGUUUUGAAGAUUUGUUGUUAAAAUACAAGCAGAUCCAGUUGGAACUAGAAUAUAUUAAUAAAGAUGAGAAACUUACUCUGAAUAAUAAAGAAGAAACCGCUCAGCAAGGCAAUGAUGAAAUAGACAGUCCUGAGGACCAAAUAAUAAUAGAAAAUAUCAGUAUUACAAAGGAUGUUAUAAAUGAAGUGUCUCCUGAGGAGAAGAAUAAAGUGUUAACAUUUCAGGCAUUUGAACUGAAACCUCUCAGGCAAAAGCUGCCUACAUUGGCUGAGAGGAGCAAGCCGAGAAAAGUAAAAGAUGGAAUCAAACAGCAGACACAAAAAUCUGAAUUAUUGAAUACCAAUCAAGCAGUUGAUGAAAAGGAACAAGGAGAACAAAAACUUAGCCCUUCAGACGCUGCUGCAGAGAAGAAACUUCUUGAUGAAGAAGAAGAAGUGUCAGAGUUGCAACUAAGACUACUAGCUCUUCAGUCUGCCAGUAAAAAGUGGCAGCAAAAAGAACAGCAGGUGAUGAAAGAAAGCAAAGAAAAACUAACAAAGGCAAAAGCUAUACAGCAAAAAGUCAAAAUCAGUACAAAAUCACAUUCUGCAAAAAAAACCAGCACUGCAGCUAAGCAAGCGUUGAGGAAACAGCAAACAAAAGUAUGGAAAAAACUACAGCAGCAGAAGGAACAGGAAAGGCGCCAGAAGGAAGAAGAGCAACGGAAGCAGGAGGAAGAGGAGGAAAGAAGGAAAAGAGAAGAGGAAAUUAGAAAAAUUCGUGAUCUUUCAAAUCAAGAAGAACAGUAUAAUAGGUUUAUGAAGCUGGUUGGAGGAAAGACAAGAUCAAAAAGCAAGUCUUCAGAUAAAGACUUGAGGCGCUCAUUAGAUAAGCAGUCUGCUGAGAGUGCUGGAGGGAUCUAUCAAUAUGACAAUUAUGAUGAAGUUGCUAUGGACACAGAAAGUGAAACUAAUUCACCUGCAUCUUCUCCGAUACAGCCUCCAUACUUUGAUAGCUCUGUUGGAUAUUUUCCUCCAGCUGUUCCACAAACUUCACUGCCUCUUGUACCACAGGCUUCAACUCUGCCACCGAUUAACCAAGUAUAUAUGGAAGGAAUUUCAGGUAUUUCUUUGGAAACUUUGCCACCUCUUCCUCCUCUUCCACCUGAAGAACCUGAACAGCCACCAAAGCCUCCAUUUGCAGAUGAGGAGGAGGAAGAAGAAAUGCUACUCCGAGAAGAGCUGCUUAAAUCUUUAGCAAACAAACGAGCUUUCAAACCAGAGACGAAUUCAAGUAAUAGUGGUCCACCUUCACCACCUUUCCCUAUUAAUUCACAUUCUGUGCCAAGAAGCAAUCUUUCAGCAGUCAGUAUUAAUACAGUGUGUCAACCUCGUGUAAAGAACACAAAGAUUAUAAGAGUACCAAGACCACCCCGAACAGUGAUCACGCUUCCAAAGCAUAAGUCAGUUGUGGUUACACUAAAUGAUUCAGAUGACAGUGAAUCAGAUGCAGAACAGUCUAACUCCUCUGCAAGUGUGUUUGGUGGCCUAGAAUCUAUGAUCAAAGAAGCUAGAAGAACUGUGGAGGCAUCAAAACCCAAAGCACCUUUGAAGUCAGAAAAAGAAAAUAAUCCUGUGAGAACUCCUGAAGCACUAUCAGAAGAGAAAAAAAUGGAGUAUAGACUCCUGAAAGAAGAGAUUGCCAGUCGGGAGAAGCAACGCUUGGUAAUAUCUGAACCUUUGAAGGCAAGUUCAUCACCAGUGAACUCUGAUGUGGAAGUUGAUGCAGCUGGUAGGAUAGCAAUAGUCACAAAACAAGUUACAGAUGCAGAGGCAAAACUCAAAAAACACAAACUUCUCUUGCUGAAGGACGAGUCUGUGUUGAAACAUCUCCUACAACAAGAGGCAAAAAAGAAAGAGUCUGUUCGUCUUGCUGAAAGCAAGGUUGCUAAACUUAAUGAACAGCUGCAAGCAACAGAGAAGAUACUAAAUGCUAAUAAAGUGUUUCUGAAGAAGCUUCAAGAACAAAUUCACAGAGUACAGCAACGAGUAACCGUGAAGAAAGCACUGGCGUUAAAAUAUGGGGAAGAGCUUGCACGAGCAAAAGCACUGGCUAGUAAAGAAAUUGGAAAACGAAAACUUGAGCAUGAUCAUUUUGGACCAAACAAAAUAUUGAAAGUGGAGAAAUCUUCCUCAAGUCCCCAAAAACCCUCUGCAGAGCAAAUUGCACUGGAGAAAAAAAGACUACAGCAACUGCAGUAUGAGUAUGCUCUAAAAAUUCAGCAACUGAAGGAAGCCCAUGCACAUCAGACUAAGGACCGAUCAAAUACUCUCCCCAUUGCAGAAGAGGAACCUGAAUUUGCACUACCUCAGCCCUCCCUUCAUGAUCUAACACAAGACAAAUUGACUUUGGAUAUUGAAGAGAACUAUUUUGAUGAUGAAGUUUUCUCCAACACCUGUAGAGAACGAAGGCGGUCUUUCAGAGAAUCAAAUUCUUUUACCAAACCUAAUCUUAAGCACACAGACACCCCUAAACAAGAAGCGAUGAACAAAGUUUCUAAAAAUGCACUAGAAGUACCAGAGCUCUUUUUGGGUCUCAAUAUUGAUGAACUGAAAAAACUUUAUGUGAAAGCUGAUGGCUUGAAGGAUGUCUUGAGAAAAAAUACAACAUUUUUACUUUCCAAUGAAGAAAAAUUAUGUGGUCAGGAAAUAACAGUGGAUGUAGAUCUCUUCACAGCGCCAAGUAAACAAACAGAAGGAAAGCCAUAUCCAUUUGGACCAUAUCAUAGCCCUCUUCUUGUUUUUAAAUCUUAUAGGUUUAGUCCUUAUUUUCGAACAAAAGAAAAGCUUUACCUCAGUUCAGUAUCCUACAGCAAUAUGAUUGAACCCAAACAGUGUUUCUGCCGUUUUGAUCUAACAGGCACAUGUAAUGAUGAUGAUUGCCAGUGGCAGCACAUGAAAGACUGCACUCUUAGUCGAAGACAGCUGUUUGAGGAUAUUCUUUCUUACAAUUUAGCUUUGAUAGGCUGUUCAGAAAAAAGUACUGAUGAAGAAAUAAGCACUGCAACAGAAAAAUACGUAGAAAAACUUUUUGGUGUAAACAAAGAUCGCAUGGCAAUGGAUCAAAUGGCUGUUCUGCUUGUUAGCAAUGUGAAUGAAAGCAAGAAUCACACCCCUCCAUUUACAACUUGGAAAGAAAAAAGGAAAUGGAAGCCCACAUACUCCAAAAAAAUACCUUUGGACAGUGAUGCCAGCAAUGAAGAGGAGCAGUCCUCUGGCCCUAUCAAAUAUGCUCCUACAGUACAAAACAAAACAAAUGUUCCUGCUUUGGAUGCUGUUGUGACCCCUGAUGAUGUGAGAUAUUUUACAAAUGAGACUGAUGACAUUGCAAACCUGGAGGCAAGCGUACUUGAGAACCCGUAUAAUGUUCUGCUGUGGAUCAAAUUGGCCUAUAAAUAUCUAAAUCAAAAUGAAGGAUCAUCCUCAGAAUGCUUGGAUUCUGCUUUAAAUGUUUUGGCCCGAGCCCUAGAAAACAACAAAGAAAAUUCUGAAAUCUGGUGUCAUUACCUUAAGCUGUUUUCAAAAAGAGGAGCUAAGGAAGAAGUACAAGAAAUGUGUGAGACAGCAGUGGAAUAUGCUCCUGCUUACAAGAUCUGGUGGACUUUUCUAGAGCUGGAAAACACCUUUGAUGGAAAGGAUUAUGUGUGUAGAAGAAUGCUCCAAUUCUUAACAGAUAAAACAAAGUGUGAAGAGAACUUGGAUAUUUGGUCUUUUCAGUUGUUGGAGAUACUGCUGUAUAGAGUUCAUCUAAGCCUUUUUACUGGGAAACAUCAAAAUGCUGUUGCAUUAUUCCAGAAUGCUCUGAAAUCAGCAAGUGAAAAGGCUGUAGUACAACACCUCAAUAUAACUGACCGCUGCUUAGCUUGGCUAUCCUAUAUACAUCUGAUUGAAUUUGGUAAUCUGCCAGCCAAGUUCUAUGAUCCUGCCAGUAGCAACCCUUCAAAAAUAAUGAAGAAGCAGCCAUUUUUAUUACCUUGGAAGACAGUUGGAGAUGUGAAAGCUAAUCCUGAUACAUUGUUAGCUGUAUUUGAAGAUGCCAUCCUGUCAUGCACCAGUGAGGAUACAUCAGAUGAUGAAAAGAGAGUUCUUUGUCUUCCUUUGUACAGAAACAUGCUAGUUUUGCAGCAGCUGCUAGAAAGGUGGGAAGCUGCCAUUGAGCUUUGUAAAUCACUCCUGAAACUAAACCCUAUUGAUUGUCAACUUUUGGAAACUCUGGUUAGUUUGUACUUGCGGAGUGACGAGGUUGAAAGAGCUUGUGAUGUAUGGCUUACAGCAUUUGAAAGAAACCCUCAAAAUGCCCAGCUUUUCUACUUUAUGUGCAAAUUCUUCAUGUUUCAGAAGAGAUCAGAUAGUAUUCCUCCACUGUUGCAAGCCUUUGUUGCAGCAUUUUUUGAGGGCGUACAUCAAGAGAGUAGUCCUGUGGAUCUAUUAAAAUAUUCUUUGAAUUAUCCAAUGCCAAUUGAGUUUACACCUCCAUUGUAUAAAGGAAAUUUUACAGAAGAGAUUUUAAACCAGCAAAUUCCUUACUUGUGGCAAAUCUACUGUUUAUACCAGUCUCUUCAUGGAAGUUCUGCAGAAGCAACAGAUGCCUAUGAGGCAGCCUUGGGAGCAGUUAUGCAAGAGGAAAUAGUUCAGCAAAUUUGGAUGGAUUACCUCGUUUUUAUUAAUCAAAAAGUUGUCAGAUCCAACAGUCAAGUUCAAGAAUUCAAGCUUUUUACAGAUCUUGUGAAUAGAUGUCUUGUUACAGUCCCCACCCGUUACCCUAUUCCAUUUAGUACUGCUGAUUACUGGACCAACUAUGAAUUCCAUAACAAGGUCAUUUCCUUUUAUCUGAGUUGUAUUCCAAAGUCUCAACAUUCCAAAGCGUUGGAACGAUUUUGCUCUACUAUGCCUGUUAAUCCUGGACUUGCACUUAGGCUGCUUCAACAAUAUUGGGAAGAGAGCAAUGUUCAGAUCCUGAAACUGCAAGCCAAGAUGUUUUCAUAUAAUAUCCCAACUUGCCUGCCCAUCUGGAAAAUAGCCAUUGCUGCUGAGAGCUUUCUAAAGGGACAGAGAGAGGUCCAUCACUUAUAUCAGAGAGCCUUUCAGAAGUUACCCCUUUGUGCAUCCCUGUGGAAAGAUCAGCUCCUGUUUGAAGCAUCAGGAGGAGGUAAAACUGAUAACCUGAGAAAACUAGUUUCCAAGUGCCAAGAGGUUGGAGUCAGCCUAGAUGAGCUUUUAAAUUUAAACACUUACAGAACAGAAAGCACGAAUCGCUGAACACUGGGUGCAGUCAGUGCUAAGUCCUAUUAAAUGCCAAAAUCAUUUGAAUGAUUCUCCAGGCUGAUCUCUGGCUUUAGGCCUGUGUAAAGCAGAUGAGCAGUGCUGAGCAUAUCAAGUCUCUCUGGUCUGCUUUCCUUGAACCUGGAAACAAUUAACAUGGUCGCCUCCUUGGAUAAAUGAAUGCCCUGUAUGGCUUGCUUCUGGGCCCUGCCAGGCUCUCAUAACAUCAUGUACGUAAGUAUAGUUCAUCCCAAUGACAGACUUAGAAUGUGUUAAUUUUUAAUUUUCAAUUUUUCCUUUUCUUUCUUCUGUGCUGUUCCUGAUUUCACUUGACGCUCGCACUGAUGCCUAAGAGAUCUGUGUUUUGCGGUUAACUAUAUUGGCUGUGUUUACAUUUAAAAAGAAGCAGUCCACUUUGUUUUCUUUUCCCCCCUUCCGAAUCCCUUUUUGUUUCAUUUGGGAGGUUGGUUUUCACUGCAGGAUUUAAAACAAAAGCAGCCGCUUUUAAGGAAAGUAACUGCCAUGGCCACAAGUAUGCUCUUUGCACUUGAAGGCUCUGAGGGUGGUUUAGUGCCCUUUCUGCAUUCUGGACUUGUGGCGGAGACUUAAACUUGAAGAUUAAAAUUACUAUUGCAAAUGCCAGUGCAUCAGAACCUAAAGAGUGGUCAAUUUAUUAUGUGCAAUUUUUUGUAAAGAAAAUUUAAUUUAUAAUAAAAGUUUAACAGUUAAUAAUAUUGAGCUGAUUUGUAUUAAGAUACUACUCUGUAGUAUUGCUAUUGUUUAUACAAAGAUAUUUUAAAUAUAAUUUUUUAAAAAUC